UUUCAUUUUUUCGUGAGGUCUCUUAGGUUACACACGAACUUUACUUCGCUCCUUUAAGCAAGCUAUGGCAACAGCGAACCUUAACCGCUACCAUGAGAACAUUUUUCGACGAUCUUGCGCGCCUAGUGUUCAGCGCCAGUUUGGCUUGGUUCGGCCUGUAUUUUUCCGGUCGUGCAUGGCUCGGCGCAAGGCAUUGACAAGGACUGGCACGGUUAUCCGUGCUGAACUGCAAGACCCUCUGCGCAACGCUCAAGCGGCUGUUAAUACAUUCUUAAGGCGCUAUGACAUCACUUCGACUGGAAUAGGUGCAAUGAUUGUAACUGGCUACUGCGUAUAUGCUCACGACCAAGACCCGUUCACUGCUCUUGGGAUAACGUUUACAGCCACAAUAAUCGCGCUGAAGCAGCUGGUCCAGCGGACGGACCGUGUAAAGGGUGUUGAUGUGCACCCCACGGAGCCUUGGAUUUUGGCGAAUCUGUAUAACGGCAAUGUGUACAUCUGGAAUUACAUGGACCAGACCCUGGUCAAGUCGUUUGAGGUGACAGAACUUCCUGUCCGUGCCUCUAAAUUCGUCGCUCGGAAGCAAUGGGUUAUUACAGGCUCGGAUGAUAUGUUCAUUCGGGUGUAUAACUACAACACCAUGGAUAAAGUUAAGACAUUCGAAGCUCACACAGACUACAUCAGAUGCAUCGCCAUUUCGCCGACAAUGCCGUACAUCCUGACCUCGUCGGACGAUAUGCUCAUCAAGCUUUGGGACUGGGAGAAGCUGCCCUUACACGAUCUGCAGGGGUGGAAUUGCGUCCAGGUGUUUGAGGGGCACUCGCACUAUGUUAUGCAAGUGUCCUUCAACCCAAAGGAUACCAACACGUUCGCCUCGGCGUCGCUGGAUCGGACGAUUAAGGUGUGGAGCCUGGGCCAGCCUACCCCUAACUUCACGCUGGAGGGGCAUGAGAAAGGGGUAAACUGCGUGGAUUACUUCACAGGUGGCGAUCGGCCGUACCUGAUCAGCGGCGCGGACGAUAGGCUUGUCAAAGUCUGGGAUUAUCAGACGAAGGCCUGCGUCACGACCCUGGAGGGCCACGCGCACAAUAUCUCCUCUGCCAUCUUCCAUCCGGAGCUUCCCAUCAUUGUCACGGGCUCUGAGGAUGGAACCGUCAAGUUGUGGCACAGCACGACGUAUCGCCUGGAAAACACGUUGGACCACCGCAUGGAGCGCGUUUGGAGUCUGGGCUAUUGCAAGGGCUCGAACUGCAUUGCCAUCGGCUACGAUGAGGGUGUCGUGAUGCUGAAGAUUGGCCGCGACGAGCCCGUUGCUUCUAUGGACAAUAGCGGAAAGAUUAUUUGGGCCAGGCACAACGAAAUUCAGACGGUAAAUAUCAAGGCCCUUGGUGCGGACUUUGAGAUGGUUGAUGGCGAGAGGCUGCCGCUGCCGGUCAAGGACCUGGGCUCGUGUGAUCUUUACCCACAGAGCCUCCAACAUAACCCGAACGGACGUUUCGUGGUUGUUUGUGGCGAUGGCGAGUACAUCGUCUACACGGCGUUGGCCUGGAGAAACAAGGCUUUUGGCAGCGGCCUGGAGUUCGUUUGGAGCGCAGACAGCAGCGACUACGCGAUCCGCGAAUCGCCCAGCAAGAUUAAGAUUUACAAGAACUUUCAGGAGAAGCACAGUGUGUCGCUAGGUUUUAAUGCUGAGGGCAUCCAUGGGGGCACACUCGUGUCGGUGCGUGGCUCUGACUUCAUCGUGUUCUACGAUUGGGAGGGACGUGUAGUGCGCCGUAUCGACGUCGCAGCCAAGUCGGUUCACUGGAGCGAGAGCGGCAACACCGUGGCUAUCCUGGGCGACUCGAGCUUUUAUAUCCUAAAAUACAACAAAGAGCUGGUGGAGGAGCACUUCGCGUCUGGGACCGCAGCCGGAGAUGAUGGUGUAGACGACGCCUUCGACCUUCAGGCUGAGGUCAGCGAGCGGGUUCGCACCUGCGUCUGGGUGGGCGAAUGCUUUGUAUACAACAACACUGCUUGGCGCCUGAACUACUGCGUCGGUGGGGAGGUGACGACGGUCGUUCAUCUGGAUAGGCCCAUGUACCUGCUGGGGUAUCUCGCGGCGCAGAACCGCGUCUUCCUCAUCGACAAGGAGUUCAACAUCGUAUCAUAUACACUUCUGCUGUCCCUAAUUGAAUUUAAAGCACGCAUCACGGCAGGAGAACUGGACUCGGCCAUGGAGCUGUUGCCAAGCAUUCCCCAGGUCUGCGGGUUGCGGUGUGUUAUCACGGAUCAGCACAACAGCGUGGCGCGCUUCCUGGAGGCGAAGGGCAUGUUGAGCACGGCGUUGCAGGUGGCGACGGACCAGGAUUACAGGUUCGAUCUAGCGGUGCAGCUAGGCGACCUGGAGGUGGCGCAGGAAAUUGCGGUGACGCUGGAUAGUACAGCCAAAUGGAAGCAGCUGGGCGAAAUGGCGUUGACGGCAGGCAAGUUGGACCUUGCAGCGGAAUGCUUGACGCGCGCUUCAGACUUCUCAGGCCUGCUCAUGCUUGCGGCAGCACGCGGCGACCGCACCGGUAUGGCAGCCGUUGCCGCUGCCGCGACAGCUGGCGGCAAGACAAAUGUGGCUUUUCUCGCCUCAUUCCUUCUCGGUCGGUUGGAGGACUGCCUUUCCUUACUGCUUGAGUCCCACAGGUUGCCCGAGGCAGCUUUCUUCGCGCGCACGUACUUGCCAUCUUCUAUCUCACCGGCGCUUGUGAAAUGGAAAGCAGACCUGGCCGCCAUCAACCCGAAGGCGGCCGAGGCCUUGGCCGACCCUGCGGCGUAUCCAAACCUUUUCCCGCAUCUAGAGGAGGCGCUACGCGCGGAGAAGCUUCUCGGUCAGCAGCGGUCCAACCCGGUGCCCGCGAGUGCCUAUCUGGACGCCGUGGCAGUCACAGCCGGAUCCGUGGAAGGAGGCAUAGAAAGGCUAUUAGAGCGGCUGCAGGUGUCAGAGUGUGAGGAGGCUGAGGCGAUGCAGGAAGAGGCUGUGGAGGAGGAGGAGCUUAUGGAGGAGGCCGAGGAGGCUGGGGAAGACGAUGCAAGUGUCGAGGUUGAAGCGGAAGCAGAGGAGGAACCACCCGCACUGGCGCCGCCGCCGGCGACGGCGGCAACGCCAGAGUCAUCUGAAACUGAACCUGCGGCUGAGGCAGGGGUGGAGGACGAGGACGAGGAUCCCUUCGGUGACCCAGCUGGCGACGGGGUUCCAGACGCGGGCAAUGUGGCGGCUGAAGACCUGGAUGAUGACUGGGGGCUUGACGGGGAUGGGGAUGGAGAGGCGUAAUGUGACCAGGUGGUUAGGAAGUUUGGCAAGGCUUAGGCGCUACAGUCCUACGGAUCCGUUGUGGGCCGGUGCCGUGAGCAACCCUGAAAUACCUAGGGUUGCACCGCAGGGAGUGGGCUGUGGCGUUUACAGUGUCUUAAAAGGGACAUCGGACUUUGACUUGUGUGGUAAGCAGGACAGGCACAGUGGUCCGUGUAUGAACGUCUAAGGAUAGUUUUGUACCGAACAGCUGGGCGAUGGCGGCAUGAAGGUUCGGCAUUGGACGUGCAGUACAGCAACACUAUGUCAUGGGCUCCUGCCAACAUUUGAGAUUUUAGUGAACCCUGUGUGUAAUUUGAAAAGGGUCGGCUAGCCGUGUCAGCAUCCCUUGUUGAAACCAAUAUGUAACUGCUAUCAAC